AGAGCCUCAGGACUCCACAGUAAAAAGACUCUCCUUCUCUCACACACUGGAGUAUAUCUAAUCUAUAUAUAUCUAAGUAUAAAUUGAUUGAUUGACACCAUGCUGUCCACGUUUCUGGAGUCCCUCGGCAUGGCGCUGUGCCUCGCCGGCUCUCUUCUGGUCAUGGUGGCGUGCGGCCUGCCCAUGUGGAAGGUCACGGCGUUCAUCGACUCCAACAUCGUGGUGGCGCAGACCAUCUGGGACGGGCUGUGGAUGUCCUGCGUGGUCCAGAGCACCGGACAGAUGCAGUGCAAGAUACACGACUCGAUGCUGGCUCUGUCUCAGGACCUUCAGACGGCUCGAGCGCUCACCGUCAUCGCGGCUGUUUUCGGGGUCUUGGCGUUAGCGGUGACGCUCGCCGGCGCUCAGUGUACCAACUGCAUCCAGGAGGAGGCGCUGAAGGGGCGCAUCGUUUUCACCGGGGGGGUCUUAUACAUCUUCAGCGGGCUCUUUGUUCUCGUGCCGCUCUGCUGGAUGGCCAACAACAUCAUCGUGGAUUUCCACAACCCUCAGAUUCCUCCGUCGAAAAAGAGGGAAAUCGGGGCGGCCAUUUAUAUCGGAUGGGCUUCUACGGCGUUAUUGUUGAUGGGGGGGGGGCUGCUGUGCUGCUCCUUCUCCCAGGGGGCGAGGGGAGGGUAUCCCAUAAAAUACACCCCCACCAAGAGCAUCACCUCCAACGGGGACAAGAAGCACUACGUUUGAGGAACUUUAGGGGUCUUUUGGAGCGGAGAUGAAGCUAACACACUUACUUUAAUUCCCUUUUUCACCAGGGUUGAAGCUGAUAGAGAAGCUUCUUGUUUGGGUGUUUUUUGAUAAGAAAUGCUUUGUAAAAAUCCACUUUUAUUUUGAAGGGAAUUCUUUGGAGCAUCAGGUCCAAUGGGGACAAGAAACACUACGUCUGAGGAACUUUAGGGGACUUGUGAGCGAGAUGCAGCUAACGGGUGAAGCUACAACUGAGACGUUUCUUGAAGUCUCCUCCAGUUUCAAGGCUUUAUUGUCGUUAGCACAGCAGCUUCAGUUUAGAUACGGCAAUUACAAUCUGAAGUCCGAGGCUCCUCCAACAGAGCAGCAUGAAUUUAGGACAUAGAAACAAAUCAAACAGAUGAAAUAGUGCAAACGUUUUUAACUUUAGGGGACUUUUGGAGCGGAGGUGAAGCUAACGGGUGAAAUAGCUUCUGCUAAAACUGCAACUAAGAAGUAAUAAUAAUACAUUUCAUUUAUAUUAUAUAGCACUCUUUAAAAACAACGUCAUCUCAAGGUGCUUUGCUACGAGGAGAACAUACAAUAAAAUGAAAAGUUAUCUAAGGAGCAUAUUGAAUACGAGCUGGAGCGUUGCCAACACUUCUGUUAAAGUGUAUAACGGUUGUAGUGUCUACUGCAACCGAACACGCUUACUUUAAUUCCUUUUUUCACCAGGGUGGAAGCUGAUAGAGAAGCUUCUUGUUUGGGUGUUUUUGAUAAGGAAUGCUUUGUAGGAAUCCUAGACUUCUUUGUCUAGGAUGAGGAACUUUCAGGGGACUGUUUGAGCGAGACGAAGCUAACGGGUGAAGCUAACGGGUGAAGCUAACGGGUGAAGCUAACGGGUGAAGCUAACGGGUGAAGCUAGACACUGAGACGUUUCCUCCAGUUUCAAGAUUCAAGUUUCAAGGCUUUAUUGUCUCAUUAGAUUCAGUGAAGAUAUGUUAAUGAACAUCUGAAGUCACCGUCACAGGCUCCUCCAACAGAGCAACACAUAGGACAUGAAACAAAUACAAUAGUGCCAGAGUUUUUACCUUCAGCUCAACGAAGAAGCAUUAUGUACAAAAGAGACUUUUUAUUAUUUUGUAGCAGAGCUGGAGCGUUGCCAAAACUUCUGUUAAAGUUUAUUAAGGUUGUAGUUUUUUAUAUUCAUGUAUUUAACAGGGACAGCGCACAUUAAUCAACAUUCCUGUAAAUGGGACAGAACUAGCCAAGAGGCCAUGUGUCCUCUGUGGUCCCUGGACAGCUUCUGUAAGUCAACCUAAAAAAAAACCGUUACUUUUAAUUCCUUUGUUCACAGGAUUGAAGCUGAAAAAGAAGCUUCUUGUUUGGGUGUUUUCAACAAGAAAUGCUUCGUAGAAACUCACUUUUAUUUUUGGGGGACUUCUUUGAAGCCGACCUGGAUCUUUGCUCAAUGUUUGAAAUGAUGUCUGGUGAAAAUGCGACUAAAAAUGUUAUUUUUUAUUCAUUUUCAAAGUGAUGAAACUGGUGGAAAUGAACCAGGUUUGAUUGAGAAGAAACUCAAAGGGAUAAAACUGCAACUAAAAAUGUGUCCCGAGGUUAUUUCUCUAUAUUUUCUUUUUACCGUAAUGACGCUGAUAGAGAUGACUUUUCCAAGUGCAAUAAUCUGAAUUUAUUUCAUAUUUUAAUUGUAAACAUGUUGGUUUUCAGUCUGCUGUCCUGUCUUCAAUGGGGAGUGUGUUUUUUGUAUUUUGGCGACUUGUUUCGAGACACACAUCUGUUGUGAAAGUUUAAGAAUGAUGUUAAAUCUGCAGCUCGUUAAGACUUAACGAGCUCACUGAUGUACUCAGGAGUUCAUUAAGGCUUCAACACAAGGACUCUGCAAUCAAUCAGUGCUUAACGAGAGGCUUAAAGAGUUCAUCUGUAAGCCUUGGAUCAGUGUGUGUGUGUGUGUGUGUGUGUGUGUGUGUGUGUGUGUGACCCCCCCCCCUCACCUCCCAGUGGACUCGUUUACCUCCUGGUUCCCACAGUGAGCAGCAGGCGGUGAGAUGUUGUGAUUAAAGGGGGAUUCACUUUUAAAUACAUGUGCAGUGUUUCUACUUCCUGUUUGCUCAAGUAUUUUUAAUAAAACAUACUUUUUUUUAAUAAAUGAAAAACGCUAAAUAGUGUCU